AUGGCACCGUCAGAGAAUACAGAAAAUGCAAACGAUAACAGCAAAAGUCAAUGCACAACUUGUGAAGUUAAUGGACAGUCAUCUGUCAUGAAGGAUGAGCCAAGACGAGAGAGAUGUGUUGGACGCUGCGAUAUGGAAUUAGGUGAUAUCACUCAUCACAAUGUUGAGCAAUUAAGACGGCUUAAUCAAGCGGUUUUUCCGGUAGCAUAUAAUGAUAAAUUCUAUAAGGAAGUCGUCACAGCGGGUGAAUUAGCAAAAUUAGCUUAUUUUAAUGAUAUAGUUGUGGGUGGAGUUUGCUGUCGGGUUGAUACGCAAAAUGGCAUCCGUCGGCUGUAUAUCAUGACACUUGGAACCUUGGCACCUUACAGACGACUUGGGAUUGGGACAAUGUUAUUAGAACAUGUUUUCACACUCUGCGACAAAGAUUCGACAAUUGAAAACAUCUAUCUUCACGUUCAGAUUAAUAAUGAAUCGGCAUUAGAUUUCUAUAAACGUUUCGGUUUUGAAGUUGUUGGAAUGGCAGAAAAAUAUUACAAAAGGAUUGAACCAGACAGCGCUUAUAUUUUGGAGAAAAAAGUUGAACGAGAAGUCCGCGACCAUCUUCCAUAG